AAAAAAAAAUCGAUCAAGUUGGCUACUCCGACACUCUUCUUCAGCCAAGGAAAACUCGCCUUUUUAUUCAACUAGUCUUGUUAUUGAAUUCUAGAAUAAGAGAUUACAGAACAACCAUUUUGUUUGCUGGGUGAAGUUCUGCUCUAGAAUCCUUUGGAAGGCAGCCCGUAUUAAUAUUCCUCCUUUCCUUGCCAAUUUUUAGGUCUGGAGAAAAUGGGUACAACAUUGUUCAGUGGCUGCAGUAGGUUUCCAUGGAAAUGUCAUCAGCAAGUAGCUACUUCAAGCAGUUUUGCUCAUUCUUCACCAGAAAAUGGGAUUUCAAGAGCAAAAGCUGUUCCAGGUUCACGAGGAAAUUGGUUGGUCGAUAGGGAGAAAGAGGAGUCCUGGGGUAUUUUGAGUAGACGAUCAAUUUUGGUUUCUGGGAUAUCUCUAGCGUCAUCGGCUGUGUUAGGAUUUCCAGGAGACGGAUUGGCAGUCGUCAAACAAGGUCUUCUAGCAGGGAGGAUACCUGGCUUGUCUGAGCCCGAUGAACAAGUUGUGAUGCAAUUAAAGGAAAAGUACGGUUUCUUGCAAAUAUUGACAGGUUGGAGGACAUACCGCAGACCAGAUGACAAGUCUGGAGGGCAUGGUGUUGGAUGGAGUCCUAUCAUCCCUUAUGCCUUUUCAGUGCCUCAAGAUUGGGAAGAGGUUCCUGUAUCAAUUGCAGAUUUAGGCGGUACAGAGAUUGACUUGAGGUUUGCUAGCUCUAAAGAAGGACGGUUGUUUGUCAUUGUUGCACCAGUUCUGAGAUUUGCUGAUAAUCUCGGUCAAAAUGCCACGAUUGAAAAGAUCGGACCUCCAGAAAAAGUGAUUAAUGCAUUUGGACCAGAGGUGAUUGGCGAAAAUGUAGAAGGCAAGGUUUUAAGCAUUAACACGGCAGAACACGAUGGCAGAAUGUAUUACCAGUAUGAAUUGGAGCCACCUCAUGCACUGAUCACUGCAACUGCAGCCGGUAAUCGCCUUUACCUAUUCAGUGUAACAGGAAGUGGUCUUCAAUGGAAAAGGCAUUACAAGGAUUUAAAGAGGAUAGCUGAGUCUUUUCGUGUUGUCUAGUUUGGAUCUCUCUGGAUUAUGACUUCAGAGAAAAUGUGAGUUGGAUAUUAUCACUCUAUGUAGUUUAAAGUUACAACCCCAACGAAAAAAGAAAAAAAAAAAUCGAAGAAGAAAGUGGAUUUGCAGGACGGUUCCAAAAUGUU